GUAGUUGAGAGGACAUUACUGACGUCAAAUGCUAACCACCAAAGCACUCCAAACCGGAUUCGACAUUCAUAUGUAGCUCAAGAAAUAAAUAAAUAAAUAAAGCCAUAUGCGUGAUAUUAUUAUUAUAUUUAUGUGACAUGUCCCCCCUAAAGAAUUGAGAGACAAUUGAUUCAUUCAUUUUUCAACAAGAGAAUGGAAACAGUGAACCCUGAGCCUGGGAGGAAUUCAGCAUUGGAUUCAAAACAUGAAUUGGCUAAAGAAGAAACCAAAGGGAAAAUUCUUGUUCAAGAUGAUGGAGCUUUGAAUGAUAGCACAGAAGCAGAACUCACCAAAAUCAACCUCAUGAGAACUCUUGUUGAAAGCCGGGACCCUUCUUCUAAGGAAGUAGAUGAUUUGAUGAUUAGAAGAUUCUUGAGAGCUCGUGAUUUAGAUGUAGAUAAGGCUUCAGCUAUGUUCCUAAAGUACAUGAAAUGGAGAAAAUCAUUUGUUCCAAGUGGUUCUGUAUCCCCUUCAGAGAUAGCUGAUGAUCUUGCACAGGAAAAGAUCUAUGUUCAAGGAUUGGAUAAGAAGGGUCGACCUAUAAUUGUUGCCUUUGCUGCCAAGCAUUUUCAAAACAAAAAUGGUUUGGAUGCAUUCAAACGGUAUGUAGUUUUCGCUCUUGAGAAACUAAUUUCAAGGAUGCCACCAGGGGAAGAAAAGUUUGUAUCUAUUGCAGACAUUAAGGGAUGGGGUUACGCAAACAGCGACAUACGCGGUUACCUCGGUGCUCUAACCAUUCUACAAGAUUACUAUCCAGAGAGAUUGGGAAAGUUGUUCAUAGUACAUGCACCUUACAUGUUUAUGAAAGUAUGGAAAAUUAUUUACCCUUUCAUUGAUGACAAUACCAAGAAGAAGAUAGUAUUUGUUGAGAACAAGAAGCUGAAAGCAACAUUGCUUGAAGAGAUUGAUGAGAGUCAGCUCCCAGAGAUAUAUGGAGGCAAACUUCCAUUAGUUCCAAUACAAGAUUCUUGAUUAAUUUAUUAAAAACAAAUAAAUAAAGGAGAAGUUCUAAUGUACUGUACUAUUUGUUAUGUAAGUUAUAUUGAUUAUCAAUAAAAAAUUUGUAGUAAAAAAAUGCAAAAAGAAUACUUUCAAAUAAUUAAAGGGUACAAAUUCAUGUAUAGGUGCUCUGUUGCUGCCCCAAACAUGUAACGAGUGCUGAAAGUGUGUAACACCAUAUAGAAUAGAAAAAUUGUACAUUCAAUCAAA